GCGCUGGAGCUCUGCUCCUGCCACUGCGCGGCGACGACGGCCGCAUCUUCCUCGACCGGGACCGUCCUGGCGGCCACCAGCACCGCGGGGGCUUCAUCUUCGUCGGCAGGCACGAGCAGCAGCACUACUGCCACUGGGACCGCCACGCCGACCACCAGCCCGACAGUCUCGGGGACUUCUAUCCAGUUAUCGCCAGUCACGUCGAGCACCACCACGGCCACCAGGAGUGCAACGUCGAUCCUCAGCUCGACAGUGUUGGGGGCUCUUGCGUCGACAGUCAUGACGAGCAGCACCACGGCCACCAGGACUGCAUGUUCGGUCACCAGCUCGUCAGUCUCGGGAACUUCCAGGUCGACAGUCACGACGAGCAGCACCACGACCACCAGGAUUGCCACGGCAACCUCCAGCCCGACAGUCUCAUCGAGCACUGGCUUGUCCACAGUGGCGAUGUUCUCAGCGUCGACCGUGAGCAGCUCGUUCGCGGAGGAUUGGUUCUGCGGCCUGGUGGACUGCGGGAUGCCAGGAGCGAUCGAGAAGUGCCCGCACGCCUGCGCAGCCGACGCUGCCGAUGGCGCUGCGGUCCCUGUGAGCCCGACGUGGACUACGACCGCAGCGCCAGCCUCGGUCGCACUCCUGACCGGAAGCUUCUCCCUGGCCCUGUCGGAGCCCGCCGACCUGGCCCGCGCCUUCGAGCGGGGCGACCGCGCCGUCAGUGCUGCGCUGGCCUCCGGCGUCGCGGCCGUGCUGCCCGCUGCGACGCCCGACAUGGUCGACAUCACCCGCGUCGCCUUCGGCAGCCGCCUCCUCUCCACGGCGGCCGUGGCCGAGGCCAGCGCCGGCUCCGCCCACGUUCUGGUCUCCUUCGCCGCGACCGUGCCGUGUGCGGGCGCGCUCGCCGCGAACCUCGCGGCGCAGGGCCUCCUGCUGGCGGCGGACGGGCUGGCGGCGGUCCUGGCGCGGGAGCUGGCCACGGGGGCGCUCAACUUCACGGUCCUUGGCGUCAGCGACCUGGAGGCCACCGCGGAGCUCGUGGCCGCCGCCGGGGCCACGGCCCCCUCCGACCGGGCGGGCGACGCGGCGGGCGCCGGCGCCAGCGCCCAGCUGCUCGCGGUGGUGAUGUCGGCCUGCGUCGCGGUCUGCUGCGUCGGCCCGUGCACCUGGCGGCAGUCGAGGAGCUGCCUGCGCAGGCGCGGGAAGGGCGGGCCCAGCCGCAGCGGCCGCGGCGCCGUGCCCGAGGCGGAGGGCGGCCGGGGCCCUGCCCUGCUGCCCUGCGGCGCCUGCCUGGAGGAGGGCGCGGGCCAGGGCCCGUCGAGCCAGCGCCUCCGCUGGCCCUCCGCCGUGGCCGCCCCGCCAGAGCAGGCGGCCAGCGCCUGGCGGGUCAAGCUCGAGGCGCUGGCCGGCCUCGGAGGCGCCCGGGAGCUGCCCCGGGGCCUCGAGCGCGCGGCAGCGGGGGCCCUGGGCGAGCGGCAGCUGCAGCCCCACGGGGGUGAUCGACCGGUGCCGCCGGGCGCGAGCUGCAGCACCAGCAUCAGUAUCUGA